GAAGAAACAAACAACGGAAGAAGAUGGAAGGAAGAGUCAUGAAAGACGCGGCGGUGGAAGAUAUUGCGACGAGGCUUUCCUCUCUCGACGACCUAUACUUCCCACGCGCCGUCCAAUCAACAGCUGUAUCUUCUGACCAACGUAAAUCCAUCCUCCUAGACCUUCUCCGUCGUGAUCCCGCCGUUUUCCUUGAGCGUUAUGGACCGAAGCUAAGUGUAGACGAAUUACUCGAGUUUGAUGCUUUGAAACAUGACUACGAGGUUAAUUGGCACUUGAAAAGCCUGAGGAAAAAGAUAAGUCCUACUUCAGAGGAGCUGAAAUCGAGAUCUGUAGCUGUGAGGAAUAGGAGACUGGCUUACUUGAACAAGCUUGUAUCAGAAGGACAGUACUUCUCUGAGGAUGCUAUGAGAGAUAGAGAGCCGUAUCUGCACCACGAGUAUGUUGGGAAGUUUCAGGAUUCGAUUGGUAGGAACAUGGCUAGGCCUGGGGAACGUUGGUCAGAGACGUUGAUGAGACGGGCAGAGGAGGCUACGUUGGUUUCUAGGAUUAGGGAGGAGCAGCAGAGGUUAGGUGUUGCGGAGUGUGAUUGGGUUGGUGGUAAUGAGAAGAUGGAGGAGUCAGAAGAUGAAUCUGAAGUUGAAUCAGUGGAAACAGAAGACGAGGAAGAAGGGGAAAAGCAGACAGGAGCUAGCUCAAGCCUUGCAGAGGUUGGUAGAGGAGAGAACAAGCAGGGAACAGUUUUACCGCCAGAGGAGAUGCAAGAGAUGAUGGAACAGUUCACAUCAAUCAUGCAGCAGAAGUUCUUAGCAGGAGAAGAUCAUGAGCAUUUGGAUUACACAAAGAUAGACAAUGACGAGAACCUUGAUGAUCAUUGGCUUCGAGAGGUUGGCCUUGACGCUGAAGAGAAGUACUUUGGUGAUGACUAAUGGACGCAGUCAAAUUUCCUGCUCGUUGAAAGCUUAGGAAAAAGUCCAACCACCAAGACAGUAACAUUUGGGUGUGUGGUUUUGGUUGAGAGAUUGUCUUUCAAAUCUCCUUAUGUAUAUAGUCUUUACUGUUUCUUUUUCCGUUGGUUGAUAAUUAUUUUGUUUGAAUUGAGUUAGUGUGUGUAUGUUUUAGUCAAUGUAGAGAUGCAGGCUUGAGAUUCCCAUGAAAACGAAUAUUAUAAAGGCUGAAAGUGUUUUC